AUGUCUAUUCAGAGCGCACGUAUAGAAAAGUUAAAUGCAAAGCGCAAAAAAGAAAAAAGUUCCAAGCAUCGAAAUACGAAAAUAAAUAAAAUAUUUAAAGGUAUGGCGUCAGAUAUGUUUAAGCAAUUCUUUCUUCUUCUCCGGACGUACUUUGAUAUCUUUAUAGACUUUUUAUUCUCAUUGUACUGGGAUAAAUACAGACAGCCUAUACCAGAUCUGAAGAAGGAGCAUAAUAUUUUGUCAAAUAGCGCUGUAAGCCUUGCUUCGAAAAUUCGUAACAAAGAGUUAAAAUCUGAGGACCUAGUUCGAGCUUGCAUUGAAAGGAUUAAACUUGUGAAUCCAAUACUAAAUGCAGUGACAGACGAGAGAUAUGAAGAGGCGUUAAAAGAGGCCCGCCAUGUGGACAAGACUAUCGAAGAGGGUACUGCCGAGUUUGAAAAGAAACCUUUUCUUGGAGUUCCAUUCACUGCGAAAGAGAGUCAUGCAGUGUCGGGGAUGCUGCACACUUUGGGCAUAUCGUUGCGAAAGCAUAUGCGUGCACACGAAGAUGCGCACUGCGUGUUCCUACUGAGACGUGCCGGUGCCAUUCCUGUCGCCGUCACCAACGUGCCCGAGAUUAAUAAAUGGCAAGAGACACGAAACAUGGUGUUCGGACAGACAUCAAACCCGUACCAUACUGGGCGUACUGUGGGGGGCUCCAGUGGUGGGGAGGCAGCUCUAGUAGCUGCUAUUGCAUCACCUAUUUCGUUGUGUUCGGACAUCGGCGGGUCGACUCGCAUGCCAGCUUUCUACUGCGGGUUGUUCGGUCUGAAUCCUACAGCCGGUUUCACGAGUCUGAAAGGAUCAGCGCUGCGCUCCGGUAAAGAGCCGACGAUGGCUUCAAUAGGAUUUAUAAGCAAGUAUUGUGAAGACUUGGCACCGCUGACCAAAAUCAUCCUCGAUGAUAAGGCUUCAGAGAUAGAUGUAGAUAGAAAAGUUGAUAUUAAGAACAUUAAAUUCUACUACACAGAAACAGCCAAGGAUAAACGCGUGAGCCCGGUGACCCAGGACCUGAAGAAAGCUAUGUCCAAAGUGGUCCGUCAAUUGACAGAGGAUACCUCACCCGAUAAAGCACCUAAGGCAUAUUAUCACAAUGGCUUCAACCACAUGUAUGCACUGUGGAAGCAUGGGAUGAGCAAAGAGGCGGAGAGCUUCUCCAAGCUCCUCACUAACAACCAGGGCCAGGCCAACGCACUUGUGGAAUUAGUUAAAAAGUUGAUCGGUUUCUCCACCUACACCUUUGCUGCGAUCUUGAAGCUGCUGGAUGACCAGGUGCUGCCCGCCGUGGACAAAGAUUGGGCAGAAAGGACCACGAAAGAAAUGAAGGAUGACCUAAUUAAACUGCUCGGUGACGACGGAGUCCUCCUGUUCCCGAGCGCCCCAUCGCCAGCGCCGUACCACUACUCCUUGUACCUGAGACCAUUCAACUUCUCUUAUUGGGGAAUCUUCAACGCACUCAAAUUCCCUGCAGUACAGGUGCCAUUAGGUCUGAAUAGUGAAGGCAUCCCGCUGGGACUGCAAGUGGUGGCUGCUCCGAAGCAGGAAGCCCUGUGUCUCUCCGUUGCUCAAUAUUUGGAGAAACAAUUUGGAAGCUACGUCCCGCCCUGCAAAAUUCUACAUUAA